UUACUCCAGAAACUGGGUCUAAGCAACAUGCUCCCCAAACACAUGCAACAAAGGGAUGUUUUAGUGAUAGAUGCUUUAUCUCAGAAUCUUAAGCCACCUCAUGAAUUGAGAGGUUCCAGACUUAUUUGCAUUACAAAUUUAGUCUGGCGAUGCCAGGCUUGUUCGUAGUGCUGAUAUUUACAGACAUUCAGGGGUUACUACUGAAUGUACAGCCACACUCCAAAUAGUGACAUGUCACUGUGAUGCACAAUGGAUAUUUUAUUUUACCAUUAGUAAAUGUCCUGUUUUUCCCCUAAUUUUACAUUUCAUUGGCUGUUGAAAAAAACAACUUGAAACUAGAAACUAGAAAUUAGAAAUUAAAGACAAUGGGCCUCAUUCUCGAAAAUGUUCUGAAGUUUCUUCUGAAAUGUUUCUUACGGGCUUCGGAAAAACAACGUAAGAAAAAAAUUAAUGAACGCUUGAAAAUGUGUUCCUACGCAGCAGAAUUUUUCUGAGCUGUGCUCCCUUGGAAGAGUUUUCUUAAAUUGAAAGCGCAUCCUCAUGCUCCUGAAUUUGCAUACAUACACGCCCCGACAGCUCCUAAUAAGGGCACGCAACAGCAGUGACGUGUGCAGUCAGAAUCGACACAAUUAGGAAAGCAACAGGAACGCACGUUAUGUCCAAGCAAAAAGCAAUUGUGCCAUAUUGUAUGCCUAGGGUGCACACUCGUCCCUUUAGGUCGAGUGAUCAGUGAUAAUUGGAUGGCCUGGUUGAAUUUAUAUGAUGUUCAAGUCCAAGUGCAAGUUAAAGGUUUUAUUUGUCACAUACAACAUCAUACCAGUAAGAUGAGCAGUGGAAUUGUUCUCCACUGGAUCUAACAGUCUACCAUAGCUUCAGAGAACGUUGUUUUUGUUCAUGACGAUGAUGCUUUUUUAAACUUUGGCAAGGAAACCAUCCAAGAAGUACACAGUGAAGAGCAACACAUUUACCCGAUGGAUAUUCACAUGGCAGUUUUCCACUGUGCUGAUGAUUUUUUGAGGCAGUACAUAUUUUCAAAACUCUCCAGUUGCCAGUUUGGCCUGCCCCUGCUGGUACCUAAUCCCUUUACACAGGAAACUGAAUUCCCUCUCUGGGCCCUUCGGAACAUCAAGAAGUCAUGGCAAAGUAAAUCUAAAACAGACAGCCCUGGUAAAUACCAGAGCAGACACAUGUUUAAUACACCAGUGCCAGUUGUAUCCUUCAUCAGAUUGGGAGAGUCGUCCAUUUCCAAGUCCCAGAUCUUGAACAGUGUCAUUAGCAAACAAAAGCACACUGUGUUUUUCCAUCGUCAUUGCAAAGGCAGCACCCGAGACUGUCUCCUCAUGGACGGAGUUGUGGAGAUCACCUGGUACUGUCCAGCGGGGAAGGAAGAUGAUGUUUUUGACGAUUGUGUGGCUUUUCUGAACCUUCAUGGUGAUGCCAGAGACCAUCCAGAGCAACUUGAAUUUAUGCAGUCAGUGAGCACUGUGAAUGUUGUUCUACUUUCAGAACAUCCCUUAGAUGAAGAAAGAAAACACAUUUCCAAGAAUCUUUUCAAGUCUCCUGUCCCUCUGAUUGUCCUUUUCUCCGGACAGGAAAAACGUCCGACUUUAGAAAACCCAACAAAGGUGAGAUUAGCUGCCAAAAACAGGAACGAGGCUGAGCUGAACAAAGAAAUAAUAUCACACAUCCAACACUGUGUCAACAUGUACGAAAAGAAGACAAGCAUUGAACUAUUUUGUGACAAAGCAAGAAAACAUCAGUUUAAAGUGGACGAAGACAAGAAAUCCUGCAGAGAUGGUCGUGAACAAGCCGAGGGUUUGAUGUCCCUGUUGAGGGAGGAAAGAUCAUCGAGUCUCAAGGAUAAACUUUUACCUCUCCAAGGAAAGCUGUGGCAUGAUUGGUGCCGGAAAGAUAAGGAACAGUAUCGUCUGAAAUGCGAAGGAAAAGAAAGUUUGCAAUGUCAGUUGGAGGCCAUCAAGAAUGAGAAAGCCGCUAUUCGAAAGAAACAACUUGAGGCAGCUUCACCACCUAAUGAUUUCAUGAGGUCAUUUAUAAACUGUUUAACAUCCCCACAUCAUUCACAAGAGACUAGAUUAUACAUGCUGCAGUGGCUGAGAAUGUUCCUGGAUGAAUUCAGCUUUGGUGCACUAACAGGAUAUGAGGAAGAGUACCUCUCAACAUGGGCAACAUUUAAAUGUGGCCCUAAGGUUAAAGGAGGAUCAACUAGCACAGAUCCUCUGCUUAUGAAACUUAACACAAUAUCUGACAAUAUGAAUGCUACCACAAUUGGACUUCAGCACAUCAUGAGAGAAACAAGCCAGAUGUAUGAAGUUUUCAAGCCUACAAAACGUCAGAAGGAGACAUAUGAACUUAUAGAAGCUCUUCCUGCAAUAGGAGCUGAGAUGCUGAUGUCUGGGUUGCCACUAGAGCUGAUGGAUGGAGAUGCGGCCCACGUGCCUCUGUUGUGGAUUCAGGCUGUCCUGGACCGUCUUACUGAAACACUUGGAGACAAGAAGGUAUUUGUGCUGUCGGUUCUUGGACUGCAGAGCUCUGGGAAGUCCACACUACUGAAUGCCAUGUUUGGUCUUCAGUUCACCGUGAGCGCAGGCAGGUGCACAAGAGGAGCCUUCAUGCAGCUAAUCAAGGUGGACCCGGCCUUAGUGGACCAGCUGAAGUACGAGUAUGUUCUGGUGGUGGACACAGAGGGCUUGAGACCACCAGAGCUCAGUACUAAUACGUCCCUCAGUCAUGACAAUGAACUGGCAACUUUUAUUAUCGGAAUAGGGGACAUCACCAUCAUUAACAUCAUGGGGGAAAACCCAUCUGAAAUGCACGACAUCCUGCAGAUUUGUGUCCAGGCAUUCUUGAGGAUGAAACAAGUUAAAAUCACACCAAGCUGCAUCUUUGUGCACCAGAAUGUUGCAGAGGCCUCAGCUGGCGAGAAAAACAUGGAGGGAAGAAUAAAUCUCCUGAGGAAAUUAGAUGCUAUGGCUGUAACUGCAGCAAAAGAGGAGCAAAUUGACAAACCUGUCACUGGCUUUAGUGAUAUAAUCCAGUUUGAUGUAAGAACUCAAGUAUUCUACUUCCAGGGGCUUCUAGAGGGAGACCCCCCGAUGGCCCCUCCCAACCCCUCCUACAGCCAGAACGUUCAGCAGCUGAAGAACAAGGUGCUCUCCAUCGCACAGUGGAGGUCAGGCUGUAGAUUUUUCACAUUAUCUGAAGUAAAAGAUCGGAUCAGUGACCUAUGGAAUGGUCUUUUGAAGGAAAACUUUGUGUUCAGCUUCAGAAAUACACUCGAAAUUAUGGUGUACAUUGAUUUGGAAAAAAAGGUUUCUGAAUGGUCCUGGAAACUGAGAAAACAUGCCCUGGAUAAAGAGAAUGAGUUGCUCAACCAACUUCACAGCAACAUCAUCAAGGACGUGAAUCCCAAAGAUCUGAUUGAUGAUUUUUAUCAAGUUUAUGAUCCCUUGAAAGAGGAAAUAGACACAUACUUUAAGGAAAACAAAAACUCAGAAAUCCUUAUUCAAUGGAAAGUCACCAUUGACAGGCGGUUGGAAAAUCUGAAUGGGGAGCUCAUUCAAGACAUCAUAAAGAAAUGCAAAGAUGUCAUCACAAUCAGGAAAAGCCGAUCCGAACUUGACCAUAGAAAUUCUGAUUAUGAGGCAGAAUUGCACGAAAUUAGCAAAAACUUGGCAUCAAAACUAAAAGACCAAAGACUUACCGACCAGGACGUGGAGAAGCAGUUUGACUCAAUCUGGACGGACUGGAGCACCAAAGUGGCAAAUGAUAAACCUCCAGAGAAACCUGUUAAUGUUAGAGCUGCAGUGGAAGAAGUCUUACAAACGAAUUUUUCUAAUCAGAAGGACAUCACAGACAAGAUUAGAGGUGAAAGGGGCCUAUUUAUGUUGGAUGUUAAAAAACACGGAUACCUAGCGUGGUGGAAGUCACUGGAUACAUGGCAUCUGUUACACAGAAAUCCAGACGACUGUAUGAAUCAGUAUACACAACAAGUGACAAACAGUGUCAACAGAUAUAUCACUGGAAAAGAAGCUGAAGGUAGGGAUUUCAAUGAUAGCUUCAUUCAUGAAAUAUUAAGUAUCAUAACAAGUGAGAUCAACAUUUACACAAAGUCAAAUAAGGUUGAAUUCCCAAAAGAAUACCUAACUGACCUGUCUGUUCAUCUGUGCAUCAAAGCAGUUCCAACAUUUAAGAGGAUGCAUUCAUCGUUCAGGAAAACAGUAAAUCCUCUAACAUACUUGAAAAGCAAACGAGAUCAGUAUCUCCAGAUGUUUAAGAACUUAUGCAAAGGAGCAAACUCCAUCACAAUAUUUGCUGAUUUCCUCUGUAAACAGCUGGAACCAGCAAUCAAACAGCAAAUGAAUCAGAAAACCAGCAGACAGAUUAGUGAUUUAUUAAUACACAACCACCCAGCCUUUAAUGGAAACAGAUCCAAUCUUGAGAAUCACAUACUGGAACAUCUUGCAGAAAAGCAAAGCUUUGAAGACUAUGAGGAAUACAUUGACCAACCAUAUACUUAUUUUAUAGGUUUCAUCCAAGAACAUGUGAAGAAAUAUUGUGCAAAUGACAAAAUGACAAACAUGCAUAUUGAAAACCUAUGUUCCCUGGAAAGUGUGGUUUUAACAGUGAAUACAGAGGUAACAGCAGAAGUGGUUACACAACGUGGUGAUGCCAAAACAUGGCUUGACAGUUUCUGUAAGGAACUUGGAACACACAUGGUGAUAAACAGAGAGGAUCUGAAAAGCAUUGAAAAUGAAGAUAUUCAGAACCUGACAGAACUCAAAGAGAUGAUGGCAAAAUGUCUUAAUGAGAUGGUGAAGAAGAUGAAAGAACAAGAAGAGCAGAAUUCAGGAAAAGAGUCUUUUGCAACUUUGGAAAGCCAAGCCACCAAGCACAUGUUAGAUCAUCACCAAGGAUGUUGGGCCCAGUGCCCAUUCUGCAAAGCCAUCUGCACAAACACCAUCCCAAACCACGAAGGUGAUCACAGUGUUAUAUUUCAUCGUCCUCAAGCUGUAGCUGGCAAUAAUUGGAAAGAUACAGAUCAUUUUGCUAUUGAGUUCUGCACCACAUCAAUAGGCAGUGAUGCUUAUUUUGAUUCUAUUCCCUACAAGAGAUACAGAGAUGCAGGUGAACCAUAUAAUCAAUGGAUCAUCACUGCAGAUGAUAGCACUCAGAGAUACUGGAAAUGGUUCCUUUGUACUUUUCAGUCUCAAUGGGAGAAAAAGAAAGGAUACAGAUUUGCUGGCAAAGGUGAAAUCCCUUCGGGCUGGAAAAAGAUCACCCUACAAUCAGCACUGGAAGAACUCAAGUAACUGUCCCAGCAAGUACAGAAGAACAAACCAUGACCAUGAAAUACAUCAAACUAUUAUAACUACUUGUAAUUAAUCACUUGUUCAUCAUGAUUAUCGAACUGUGCAUAGACGGCCAUGAAGGGAGAACAUCUGUGUCUGUCCACCAGAGAAUUAUCUUCAUGUCACAGUUUGAAGCAUGAAAUGGGUCAAUAGAUGGACGUUGUUGUAAUGAAAUUCAGUUUAUAUUGUGAGAUGACUUUGCACCACCAGUGGUCAGGAAUACAUGACUGGACAUCUCUGAUAACUAGGAAGACGUGAAGAGAUGUCAAGGUCCUGUUAUUGAACAAAUGACUAGCACAAGCUAGCUGUUCAUGAUUUAAGCUGUCUUUAAUGUGACAUAUACGGUAAGAACGUCAGAACUGUAGGCAGAUACAGAUGUCUUUAUAUAGCUUGACCUAGGGUCAACAUGUCAAAUUGUAGUUGAGAUGUUUUUGUUUUACAAUAGUUGAGAUGUUAAUAAUGUUGCACUGUGUCUGGUAGCUGAGAUGUGGUGACUUAGCACUGCCUGCUAAAUACAGAUCAUUCCUUGACUCUGAUCACCUAAAUAAUGUUAUAACUCUGCACUUCUGAUCCUUGAUCUUCUGCUGUACUUUCUGUAUAAACCCUUUGUAUUCUAGCUUUGGAUAAGUGUCUGCUAAAUUAAUACCAUGUAAAUGUUUGGAUUUGGUACAAAAAGUUCACCUGUAACUAAAUGUAGAGAUGUGUGUUUGCUGUGAACAACAUACCUUGAAGUCUCAGAGAAGGGAGUCCGGCCACAGAAAGAUGAUAUUAUAUUACAUAGUUUAUAUCUAUGAGGAUAAACCUCAAGAGACAUAGAUGAUGUCGGCCAUUUUGUAUGAAUAUUAUAUGUUGGGUCACACAUGUAGGAAUAUGCUAGAUUAGUUUAUGCUACUGCAAUAUUAUCGUAUAUCCAGACAUUAUUAAUCUUAAGAAAUCAAAGAAAGUUGUGUUACAUUUAAAAGAAACAAUUUAAUUUUUUUAUUUAAAACGUUUUUAUUUCUAAAUGGGGGAAAGUUUGUGUUAAUUCACACUGAAUAUGCAGCUCGCUGAAAAGAGAGCCUGGUUUAUCUUACUACAUCUUUAUUGGUAGUACUUAAGACUUGAUGACACAAUGAUUGUCCUUCCUGGAUCAAUAACCAAAGCUUUAUUAUGAGUAUAUGUAAGACUUAUGUGAGAAACUGAUGCAACACAUGGAAUUAAACACAUUGUUUGCAAAUCACCAAAGAAUAUACUUGUUUUUCUGUGCAAUUGCUCAAAACAACCAGAUUGCCCUCUCUAAAUAAUAAUAAAAAUAUAACAUCAAUAUUUCCUGUGUCUUAAAGCAUUUUUUACUUUACUAAAAAAAUAUUUAAUUGAGUCCUAAGACUUGUCCACAGUGCUGUAUAUGGAAUGUGAGGAUGUAAUAUGAAUAUUCUUGCUGCCCUGCGUGGGUUUCAGCCCCUCCUCCUCCCGCGAGGGGAGUUUACAGACGGGGCGUCAUGAUCGCCGGAGCAGCUGACCUGCGCCCUCUAGUGGCGCACUGCGGGUGGU